AUGGACCCAGCUCCGGACGUCCAGCUCGUGCUAGCCUACGACAAGGUCCUGCCGCUGCACUCCAGCGUUCUCGCCCGCCACUCGAAGCGCUUCGCUAGCAUCCUGACGCAUGAGUUCGCGGCGGUGCUCUGCCAGCGCGCCAAGCAGCAGGGCGUAACGAUCCGCUGGCGCAUCGAGCUUCGCGGCGUCGGCGUCAAUGGGAACAGCGUUGGUAGACUAGAACUCGACACCAUGGGCCAGCUAAUCCAGAACCCCUCCUACGGCACCAUGAUCCCGCUAAACGAGAACGGCAAGGUCCCGACCAAGUACUUCGAGUACUACACGGGCAUCAUCGGCACCUUCUACGGGCAGGAGCUGACCCUCAACGACGUGGGCAUCCAGUCCGCGCUCGAGGACGCCAUCGGCCUGAUCGAAGUCGCCGAGUACCUUGGCUCCGUCGCCGCGGUGUCGAAGAACAUCGACCUCGCGCUCAUCAAGCAGGGCCAGGUGCUCUUCCGCUCCAUCGCCAACAACCCGCUCGAGUGGGUCGAUCUGGCCGUGCGCAUCACGUCCGAGAUCAUCUUCAAGGAAGCGGUUGUCCAUCUUGUGGGCCGCUGGAACGAGUUCUCCUCGGCGCAGAAGAGCGCGCUGGGGAAGGACGUCAAGCGGGUGUGUCUGAAGCACGCCGACCACCUCAGUCGCCAGCGUCGCGCGCUCGAGCUGCAGAUGGGGGUGAUGUACCCCGGUGGCAUCACCCACCCGCCCAAUGCGGCCCCAGUGAAGCGCGACACCUACGCCGCGGAUAUCAUGAUGUGGAUGGCCGUGUGUCUGUUCCGGCAGUGGCUGAUGCAGCAGAUCAUCCAGGACAAGACCUUCCGCGCUAAGGAUGGCGGGUAUGCGCUGUACAAGCAGUUGAGCGAGGCGGGAGACAAGUAUCUCAGCCGGCAGACGAUUGCGCCGUUCUUCAGGAACUUCCCGAUGACGAAGAAGGGGCAGAAUGUGUUUGAAAAUCAUCUGCUGGAGCUGAAAGAGGUGGUCAAGGGGAGUGUUGCCAAGAGUGGGCUGUUGGAGAGCGAGAGUGCGUUGGAUACGGGGAAGUUCAAGGUUCCGUGGCUGACGUGCACCGUCGUGGACAAGGCCGACUUUCCGUGGGUAAAGAAGGGACCCAUCUUGGGGCAGAAGAGAGUGAGGGAUGAGACUCAUGAGAAUGACGAGAAUGAGAUCGACUGGGAUGAGGACUUGGAGGCUAAUGCGGACAACAAGAGAGUCAGGGAGUAGGGGAGGAAUGCUUGGAGCUGGCCCGUCAGCAAGCAUUCUCACCUUUCAGCAUUCACCGUGUUUGUGUUGAAAUUCUCUCUGUUCUGCUUGGUCUCAUUUACUGUUGGCUCGGAUUUGGGCGACAUUGGGCGACUUCCAGGACACCUGAGCUCAAUCCGGUGUCUAUCAAGUGUUAACAGCGAUCAAAAGCCCCAACCUUGAUAUUUGACCUCCCCCCCAGUUCUGUCUUUCCUUGGUUUUGUCACUGCUAAUCAGGCUUUGACGGCCCUCAGCCAUCGGCGUUCAAAAGGACCUAAUUUGAUAUUGGUG